UCUCUCCGGGUUAAUAAAUUUCCAAAACUGACUUGCUACCUUCUUUUAUGCAAAAAUGCUUAAUUGAACUGAACUAAGAUGCAAAAGGCAAAGCUAGGACUACUUUUACUUAAAUCUAAAGUAAAGAAUUACAUCAAUAGUUCUAAUUAAGAGAAAUAAAACUGUGAAAUGAAGUAAAUCAGCAAAGAAUUGAGCAAGGAAUGAAAUAGAACUCAAAAAGAACCUAGAAUUACCCAACAGUACGACUUAAAACUAUUUACAACCUAGAAAAGCUAAAACUGGACAGUAUGUAGCUAAGAAAACCUAACUAAACUCAAUUAGCUAAAACAGUUCCUAAACCAAAGUUGUACUAGGAAAAGAAGAAAAUCAAAGAAACAACUAUGAACCUAGCUAGACUAAAACAAAUUUAUGUUCAAAAGAAAGAAAGCCUAAGAUAAUCCCAAACAGUAACAAUGAAUGGAAAAGAACCUAGGAGGCUAUCUCUAAAAAUCAAAACACAAUGUUCAAAACAAAAUUUAUUAUGAAAACUAAAUCAAGAAAAUGAAAUCAGAGAAGUAAACAGAUCCUAUAAAAGAAAGAAUUCUAAAGUAAAUGCAAAUGUACAAAGGCUAAAACAUUAUGUGAAAACUACGACAAUUACUAAAACAAGAAUUAAGAAAGCUAAAAUAAGACUACUGAUACGUGAAACAGAAUUCAAAGAAGCUAAAAUAGGAUUAGGGAUAAAAGAAAAUUUUUUACAAGCAACUAGGAUUCUAAAAAAAACAAAGUUUUGUCUACAACCUAACUCAGUAUUUACAAACUAGAAAUAAGUAUUUAAAAACUGAAACAAAACAGUAAUCAUCUCAGAGAAGAAAAAAAAAAUUUACUCCUAUUUUAACUACAAAACUUAGUUGUUAGCUUAAGUGUCAGUCUUGACAGUUAGGAUUUGGGUGGUUACAGGUCUAUAUAAAUAGCAAGAGUAUAGAAGGAACUUAUUUUUGGUUGUUGUAUUCUUUGAACAGGAAUUCUCUAUUCCUGGGAGGUUAGGCUCUCAGACUACCCUAUUCUUUGUAUCUUGACGGUGAAUAAUAAAAGAGGAGGUUAUACAGAGUGUGGUGUGGUGUGUGUUCUGGUGUGUGUUCUUGAUAUUUCUUUAGGUUUCUUAAGUAGAAACCUAACAUUUGGUCCGACCUGCCGAAUUCGAACGAUUUGGAACGACGCGAGGAUGGAGAAUGCGACGGAGGCAAGGCUUGAAGCAAUUGAGAUUACUAUGGAGGGUAUGAAGGUCGAAUCGGUGGCGGUACGAAGGGACCUUCAACAAAUAAUGAAGAUUUUGGGAAAGCAAGACCAUAACGGUUCUCAAACGGAAGGGAUUUCGGAGGAUAGCUCCGUCAACGAUAAUCAUCAAAGAGGACCCAAGGUGAUCGGAGUAGGCGAAAAUGGUGGAAAAGGAGGAGAACAGAAACCGUGGAGGAAGAGGGUAGAGUUACCUACCUUUGAAGGAGAAGAGCCACUCAGUUGGCUCAAUCGGGUGGAAAGGUUUUUUGACAUACAGAAAGUAACGGAGGAUGAAGAAAAGGUGGAGCUCGCCUAUGUGAGUAUGGAGGGGAGUGCAGCGUACUGGUUUACGUUUUGGAAAGAGAAGGCCCGAAACCGAUCGUGGGAUGGAUUGAAGACGGCCAUGAUUAAUCGCUUUGGAGGGGGAUUCAGAGGCAUGGUCUACGAACGACUGGCCAUUCUGCGCCAAGAAGGCAUGGUGGAAGAAUUUGUCCGAAGUUUCGAAGUUUUGAUGGGGCAAACGAAAGGAACACCGGAGGAACAGGUGUUGGGUUAUUUCUUGGUCGAGUUACGGGAAGACGUGAAGGGACAGGUACGAAUUCAGAAUCCUUCUGAAUUGAUGGAGACGAUGAGGAUAGCGAGGGAUUGGAAGAUGCGACGAUGCGGAUUCAAGGUUGGCAUGCAAGUGGGUUUAAGACGAACCCAUUCAUUGCGCGACCCAGUGGGAGCGUGACACGAUCGGAACCUGUU